AUGCUGCGUUGUGGUGUACCCGGGGCGGUUCGAGGAUUUGGCUGGGGCUUGGAGACUGCGGGCGGGGGGCGAUUUGAAAAGAGCAGGCCUCCUUUGAGGGAAAUCUUCUAUGGGAGAAUAAUGGGAAUGGUGGUGGUGGAAGUGCUGUGCGCCGGUGGCGGCGUCGCUACUUUUGGGUUGUUUUCAUUUGCUGGAGUACUGUACUCCGUUGAAUUCGAUGGAAUUUUUGUUCCGACUUCCAGCGUCGCGGCUUGCAUAGAUGGCGGCUGGGGCGUGGGUGGUUUCCGGCCGUGGAUGACAAAGCAGCGGGCGGUUUCAUUGACAGGGCCCCCUUGUUGA